CGGCGGCGGCGAGCGAUGGGUGAGCGCGCGGCCUGUGGAGAGGCGGCGGCGGCGGGUCCCGCACCAUCACCGACAUCAGCCCCGGCAUCAGCCCCAGCCCCGGCAUCAGCCCCAGAGGGCGGCCUCGCCCAGCGGCUGCUGCACAACACGACCGGGGACGAGACGCCGCCCGAAGCGGAGGAGCCGGAACCAGAGGGGGUGCGGCGCGCGUCCGGGGACUCGGAUGGCGGCGGCGGCGGCAGGAGAAGCGAGGGCUUCGCCUUCUACAGAGAUCGGAAGGAAUGGGCGGAUAUUAAGCCUGUCCCACAGGAUGAUGGGCCUCAUCCAGUUGUUCAGAUAGCUUAUUCUGAGAACUUUAAAGAUGUAUAUGACUACUUCAGGGCUGUACUAAAGCUUGAUGAAAGGAGUGAACGGGCGCUCAGUCUGACAACAGAUGCAAUAGAGCUCAAUGCUGCGAAUUACACAGUAUGGCAUUUCCGCAGAGUGGUGUUACAGUCUUUGAAAAAGGACCUCAAUGAAGAGUUGGCUUAUAUUUCUGAAAUUAUUGAGGACCAACCAAAGAAUUAUCAAGUUUGGUAUCACAGGCAGAAAAUUGUGGAAUGGCUAAAAGACUCCUCGCAGGAACUAGGAUUUAUUUCUGGGAUCCUUGAACAAGAUGCAAAAAACUACCACGCCUGGCAACACAGACAGUGGGUGAUUAAGGAAUUCAACCUUUGGGACAAUGAACUAGAGUAUGUGGAUCAACUGCUGGAAGAUGAUGUGCGAAACAACUCUGCGUGGAACCAGCGAUUCUUUGUCAUCUCAAACACCACUGGCUUUGAUGAUAUGGCAGUGCUUGGCCGUGAAGUCGAAUACACUCUGAAGAUGAUCAAAAGGGCGCCUCAUAAUGAAAGUGCAUGGAAUUACUUGAAAGGAAUUCUACAGGAUCAGAGUCUAUCCAAGUUUCCCAACCUUUUGCAGCAGAUUUUACAGUUGAUGGAGAAACCUAGUUCCCCCUACUUGAUUGCUUUCCUAAUUGACAUGUAUGAAGACUUCUUGGAGAGCAACUGUGAAGAGAAGGAAGGAACUUUAAACAGAGCACUGGAGCUGUGUGAGCAACUGGCUAUGAAACAAGAUACAAUACGGCAGGAAUACUGGAGGUACUUUGCAAGACGCUUGAGAGCCAAACAUGGUGUGAUUCAACAAGAACCUGUGCCUAUGGGAAGUGAAGACUCUCUUCAGGAAUGUAGUGAUAACUAAAGGCUGUAUGAUAUUCCUUAGUAUGCAGGGGGGAAAAACGUGAUCGGUCAUAUUCUGUUAACGUCUACACAUCGCACUUAUUUAUGUAAAUGUAUAAAACCAUAACUUUGUAUGUGUAUAUAUUAUUUGAUGUUACACUAGAAGUAAACCUAAAUCUCCCUUGUUGACCUUGAAUGCAUACUUACAAAAAUAUGAUUCAUGUGAAUGCCAUUGAAACUAACUCAGUUUUAUUCACAUGGGGACAGAAUAGGGAGGGAGAGUUAGAUAUCUGAAUUAAUUUAAGAUGUUACUUUUUUUUUAGUUGCCAUAAAUGCAGAUAUACUAUCAAAGCUGCAGUGCCACUAUUAUAGUUUAUUUGUUGGAAAUAAAAACCAAUGGAAGUUU